ACAGGGUGCAGGGUGCCGGCUUGGCGGCUGCCCCGUGUCUGGGAGGCUCCCCCAGGGUCCUCGCUGAGCCGGUCACUGCAGACGGCCCCGCCCGCCCUCCAGCCCCCUCGGUGCCCAGCAGGUGGCACCUCCACAGGACGCCGAGAUGGAGAUGCCUGUGGGGACCCUGUGCCACUUCUCCAAGGGCCUCCUGCUCUCAGCCUCCGUCCUGGCCCUCUGGGCCCCCCAAGGCUCCUGGGCAGCCCUCCGCAUCCAGAAGAUCCCGGAGCGACCUCAAAAGGACCAGGACGUCCUCCUGUCUGUCCAGGGCAUCCCAGACACCUUCCAGGACUUCAUCUGGUACCGGGGGGAGGAGACGGACGGAGGCACAAGGCUGUUCACCUACAUCCCGGACCUGCCGCGGCCCCAGAGGGAUGGCAGCGCCAUGGAGCAGCGUGACAUCGUGGGCUUCCCCAAUGGCUCCAUGCUCCUGCGCGACGCCCAGCCCAGGGACAGCGGCACCUACCACGUGGAGGUCCACAUCAACCCCGAGUGGACCAUGCGGGCCAAGACGGAGGUCCAGGUGCCCGAAAAGUCCCCGGAGCUGCCCGUGACACGCCUGCCCAUGAGCACGGAGGUCGUGGCUGCCAUCCUCAUCGGGUCCCUGGCCGCCGCGUCCCUCCUCGUCGGCAGCAUUGCCUUUCUCCUGGUGACGAGAGGCAGGAGGGGCCAGAGGCACAGGAUGGUGACCACAGAGAAACCGGAGCUGGGCCCCAACCACAACACUGGACCUGCUGAACCCCGCCCCUGCCCCUUACUGCCAGCUGGUGCCAACCCCCUGGAGAGUCCCCGCCAGGCCUCCCCAGGGACCAGGCAGGACCAGGCCGGUGCCCAGCGGGGACAGGAAACCUGCAGCGCCCCUCCUCUUGCUCACCCUCUGCAUGUGCCACCCGCCCAUCACCUAGCCCUCCAGCAGCCUGGCCUAAGCCCUGGGCUGGGAAAAGCAGACUCCUCCCCUCCCCCUUCCUUCACUGGCUUAUAAUUCACUCAUUUAUUCACUCAUUCAUUCAUUUAUUCAGCAAUAAACAGUCUGUGUGGCCAUGCACAGGUCUAGAUCUUGCAUCUUUGGCAAGAAACAAAGGGGAGAAAAUGCUCUCCUGGAGGGAUGCUCUGACAGGGGAGAGAGUGGGGAAACUAAGAAAUUAACGUAGCCCUAGCUGGUUUGGCUCAGUGGAGAGAGCAUCGGUCUGCAGACUGAAGGGCCCCAGGUUCAAUUCCAGUCAAGGGCACAUACC